AAUCAUCAAGCAAUCAUCAAAACAAUGAAUGAUGGUAAAUCGUCGGAAUCAAAAAAUACAAGUUUUCGUUUGGAAGUAAUUUAGUAGUUAUUUCACUGGAAAAACUCCACUCAAAUGUUCGACAAAGUGCUCAUCUCCCGGCAGGUGCCUGGCAUAAAUUUGGAAUGCUUUUUCCGCGCAACCGGCAUCUAUCUGUUCAAGCCACAUGUCGUCAAUCGGAAGCUAUUCGGCGCCAGCAAUCUUCACACGUUUUCCUAUCGUUAUCGUGAGGGCGAUUCGGCGGAACUUUUGGAUGUGGCGGGAUUACUGGCCGGUAUCAAGGAACAAGUGGCGGGAAACUUGGAGAAAGUAGUUCAAAAUGUGGAAAAUGCUUGCAAGGGACAGAAACUUCAAAGCGUUCAGACGGUGGAUGAAUUCGACUUGAACAAACUGGACUUUAGUGGGCAACCGAAAGAUAGUGGAUUUGUGGUCAUCAAUAGAUUUCUUCCCAGGAAUUUGACCGUGUUUCGACCACUAGACGUACUGGCAGUUAUAGACUUCCACUCCCACUCAGUAUCGAUCACAUGCCUUCAAGAUGCGGAGAACAACCUAAUUCCAAAGUAUGCAUUCUCGAUGCAACUGGAACAAGAGCAGCUAUCGAUCAGAUGCAAUAACGACCUCAAUCCUGACGAGAAGACAUCCACGUGGCUCAAAGAUGUCCUCUUCCAACGACUUCUCAAAUGGGUCGAGAACAAUAUGCUGCAGGCAACUGCCCAACCUUCCAACAGAGACGAACUCAUUUCCCUUUCAUUGAUUAACGACCUAGAAGAAUACAACCGGCUCUACAGCGAACUGAAAUCUAAAUACGGCACCGAGAUGGUCAAGAUAUGGCCCGAGACGACCGAUCCCAGAAAGUACGUCUAUGAGGACGUUGCCAUUGCCACCUAUCUGUUGCUGCUGUGGAAACAGGAACGUGAAGAACUGGGUUCCGAUCGGUUGCAAUCGUUCGUGGACAUCGGUUGCGGCAAUGGGUUGCUGGUAUACAUUCUGGCCUCCGAAGGUCACGAUGGGCUUGGCAUAGAUUUGCGCCGGAGGAAAAUAUGGGACCUGUAUCCGGCGAAUGUGAAGCUGAAAGAGCAAUCGAUCGUACCCUCAGACAAAGCGUUGUUCCCGGACAUUGAUUGGAUCAUUGGGAACCAUUCGGACGAACUGUCCCCGUGGAUUCCGGUGCUGGCGGCGAGGAGCGCCUAUCGCUGUCGUUACUUCCUGCUCCCAUGCUGUGCCUUUGAGUUCGAUGGUAACAAGUUUCAACGGCAGAACUCCGGCGUCAGUCAGUAUACUGACUUCCUACGUUACGCACGGGAAAUAUCCGAGGUAUGCGGUUUUGAAACGGCUGUGGACCGCCUAAAGAUCCCCAGUACCAAACGGACCUGUUUGGUAGGUUCUUCGAGGACAUACGACGAAAACCAGUUCCAGGAAUACUUAGGUAAAAUUCAGACUUUCAUAGAUUCCAGAGUUUCCGGUUCCGCGAAGGGGACUGAUCUGAAUUGGUCUGAAAACUUUCGGCCCAGGGAAAGUGUCGAGAAGGUCAGGAACUGCACUAAGCUGGAACGAAGCUUAAUAGAUGAAAUUGUUGGAAUUGUGUUCGAAGCGUUAAUAGCAAAGAAACGAAUGGCCACUGAAUUUCCUGGGAGAAAUUGGAAUGCUGGUGGAAAGAUCGGAAUUGGAGAUUUGGUGUCGCUGAUCCCAAAAGACAAAUUGACCAGUUUGAAAUCGGAAUGCGGUGGGCUGCAAACUUUGCUGAAGAACAAUCAUCAAAUCUUUCAGGUUUUGAAUGGUUGUGUUCAGCUGAGGAUUCCAACCAGACAGGGCGAAAGCAGUAAAAGUGCUGAAGAGCUGGCGAAAAAGUCGAAAAAACAGAAGAAUCCUAGAGUUGUGAACCUGAAGGAAAAACCUUGCUGGUUUCACAGUAACCAUCCGGAUGGUUGCCCAUUCGAAGAGGAACAAUGUAAAUUUAAACAUUUUUGAAA